GGAACUGCGGCGACUGCAGCCUCAUGGCGGCCGCCGCCCGGUGCCGCCGGCGGAGCGGCGCCAGCAGCCGCGGCCCGGCCCUGCGCGGCAGAAGCAACAGCUCGGCCCACAUCUGAGGAGAGACAGCGGCACGGGCUGGCAGCCUCUGCAAAGCAGCCCCAAGGCACAUGUGCUGGCUUGUGGCCCUGCUCAUUUACCAGCCAAAGUGUAUGCCCAGCAUGAGAAGAGUUAUUCUCAUCCUCCUUUGGACAACAGACUUGGUUCAGCCAAAGCUACCUCCAGCAGCAGAAGUUCAGCUUCUGCCUCCUGUUAACUUCACCCUCACAGUCUCUGCAUUGGCACAAGUACUUCUGCACUGGAAACCAAACCCUAAGCAGCAACAAAGGAACUACACUAUCAGAUAUGAUGUGAAAAUCCUCAGCCCCGUGCCUGAAGAGUAUGACACAGGGAGGACUUACAGCAUCCAGGCAGUUGCUCUUCACAACGGCUUCUCCGCCUGCCUCCGCACCUUGCUGCUCCACGAUGGCCUUCAGCUGAGCAGUGAGUGGGUGAAGGAAGAGCUCCCACCCCUGCCAGGUGCUCCAGAGACAUCUGCCACGAAUCUGUCCUGUGUUACUCACCUGAGCACUUCCAGCACUGUUUCUCUCCACUGCAGUUGGCUGCCUGGCCCAGGGGCACCAGAAGACACCAAGUACUUUCUGUUCUACAGGUAUGAGAUGUUCACUGAAGAGUGUCAAGAUUAUAUCCAAGACAAGUGGGACAGGAGUAUUGAGUGCAGGAUUCCAGUGACCCACAUUGAUGCUGAAGGGCUCGACCAGCUCAUUGUGAUACACAUUAAUGGCUCCAGCAACUGUGCUGCAAUCAAACCUUUCCAGCAGUUAUUUAACCAAAAUGCCAUUGAGAGAGUGAAUGUUCCCAGAAAUGUCAGUGUAGUCCUGGAGCAAAAUGAUCUUCUGGCCACGUGGGAGAAGCCAAUUUCUCCUUUCCCUAAAGAGUGUUUUGAAUAUGAAUUUUACCUCUUCAAUUGGAAGUCAGGGAACAAACAGAUAUCCAAGAUCUCCUCCAACAGCUUCAGGUCAUCCAUUGAUGUUACCAGCAGGUACUCCCUAAGAGUAAGAGCAAACCAUCACAUCUGUCGUCCAAGAGGGGUUUGGAGUGACUGGAGUGAAAUCCUCUCUGUGGGACAAACCAAGCUGGAGGACCCCACAGUCUGGAUUCUCACUGUGCUCUGUGUGUCCAUGUGCUGUGCCUUCCUGCUUGCUGCUGUCAUAUGCAAGAUGAACCACCUCUGGAGCAAACUCUUCCCACCCAUUCCAACACCCAGCAACAAGUUCAGAGAUCCUUUUUCCAACAUCUAUGAGAGGGCACAAACCUGCACCAGCGAGACAGAGACCGAGCUGGGCAGCCUGGCUGAAGACCUCUGCUGCAGUGCCCUCCAUGACUCUGUCUUCUGAGAGGCUGCAGGGCUGGCAGGGCUGGCCCAGCACAUCCCCCAUCAUCACUCAAGGGAGCUUCGUGGUCACCUCUGCUGCAGUGCCCUCCAUGACUCUGUCUUCUGAGAGGCUGCAGGGCUGGCAGAGCUGGCCCAGCACAUCCCCCAGCAUCACUCAAGGGAGCUUCGUGGUCACAUCUGCUGCAGUGCCCUCCAUGACUCUGUCUUCUGAGAGGCUGCAAGGCUGGCAGGGCUGGCCCAGCACGUCCCCCAGCAUCACUCAAAGGAGCUUCGUGGUCACCUGUGCUGCAGUGGUGUUUGCAGUGGGACUUGCUUCCACCAGGUGCCUUGCAGAAGAAGCUGCUCAACAACAACAAGAUGCAGCCCAAAUUGAACCAAACUGCUUAAACUUAAACCAGGGAGUUUAAGUAUGUGGCACAAAGGCUGUGCAGGGGAAAAGAACAUUCUGGAAAGAGAUAAGGUUUUUUUUUGUCCUUCCCCCCCAGCCCCUUCCCUGGUUGGCAGCUCCACCUUCUGCCGUUUGCUUUUGUGACAACUCGAGAUGCAAAAUGCAAAGUGGGGCUGGGCACAGCCUGUCUCUGGCAGCCAGGGGCCCAGCCAUG